AUGACCUCGAUGAUCUUUUCAGAUACCAGAGAAAUGACCACUCAAUCGCAACACAUCGAGCAUGCUUCUUUACCUUCUUGGCCUCCUCCCCGUUCCCAUUCUUCAUGCGGUGUCAUCGAACCUAAUCCUGGAUCGUUCUAUUUCCCUCCUGAGGAAUCUCGUAAGCUGGACUCUGCCAUGGCUCAGUCGUCUUCACAGAUCCAAGGCAAGACCAUGACAUCCACGGAUGGAUCAUUUUUCAAUCAACCUCAGAAUCCUUUGGAUGUUUUUCAAAUCUUGGACUCUGGUACCGGUGCUGUCCUCUUCUCUUAUCCUCCGCCUUCUGUCUCGCCUUCAGACGGAUGGUCUGGGUUAUAUCGACCAGAAGAUUACGCUUGUUUAGCUAUAAAUGCCAAGAAACCAAGCGAGACUGAUGAGCCUGCUAAAACCACUUGCUCAACCAAGUACCAAACCCAACGCAGUUUCGUGAAAGACGGCUCUGUCGUUCCUCUGACCCAGUCUUUUGUCAUCAAUUAUGGUUCCAUAACUUUUGCUUCAUUUCGUUCUGGAUCUCCUAACAUCCAAUCAGCAUCUUUACCACCUGCUCGUUCACCUGUUAUGCCCCCGAACAAACCACCGCCUAUAAAACUCAUUCAUGAUUCACUACAACCGGUCUCCCUCGACAUUCACUCUGCACAUCCCAGCACUGUUCAUCAUCGUGCACCCAAACGGCCUCGCACGGAUUCUUACUCUGAGGUCAUGACCCCUCAAAGUGCCACGAGCGCACAAAGUCACCAUCAGGCCGGCCAUUACACUUCUCAUCCACGUUCUGCUCAGCAGUCACCUUACACCUAUGGCCAUCCUCAUCAUACAGGAUCGGGCCAAAUUUCCCCAAUGGUCCCGAAUUUACCCACCAUACCCGACUCACCUGACCCAUACGGAUCCUCGCAGUACACCCACUUCUCUGGAGAGCUAUCACCCACCAUGGCCUCUGCUGCUGAUGUCUUGGGAUCCUUUCAUCGGGCUCAUUAUCAUCAUCCGCAAUCGAUGUUGGCGUUUCAGGAUUUGCAUCGGUCGACCACAUCUGGCCCGUCACUUGAAACACAUCCACUUUCUCCGUUUGAUACCAGUUUCAGCAUCCAAGGACUUGCCAAUAUGGCUGCUGGUAAUUAUGGUCAUCAUCGAGCUGCCUCUGAUUUCUCGGCCGCCUCCGCCUCUUCUUCUCCGCGGCCGGGGGAAUCUUUUGCGGCUGCGGUUGCGAUGGCCAUUUCUCCCACAACUCCGACCUAUGACAUGCGAAGACGAGCUCACGGCCACUCAGCAUCAGUAGAUUUGGCUGCGCAUAACUUAUUGGGUAUUGGUCAGAAUUAUGUUGGUGAUGGUUUGAACUUUAAUCAUGCGAACAACCCGGUGGUUCUCACUUCUCCUGUUCAACCGACGCUACCACCACCACCUCCUAAACAGCCUCGAGUACGGGUGAAUAUUCAGUCUUCACCUGCACCGGCAGCUAUGUUGAAUCAUAAUAUUGCGACUGAUGGACAAAGUUCCCAAGUGCCAAGAUCUUGUUCGAGUUGUGGGGCCCAAAACAGUCCGGAAUGGCGUAAAGGACCCAAUGGUGUGAAGAGCUUGUGUAAUGCGUGUGGUCUAAGAUUUUCGAGAGCUCAAGCUCGAAAGUCAAAGUUAUCACGAACCACAAAUGCAAAUAGUGGAGCCAAAAAGGGUGAAAGUUUAGAUAAGAAGAAAGCCAAGAAGAUGAUGAACAAUACAAACACAGGAAUUAGAGAAGAACAACAAGGAUCAAGUACCUCGAAUUUAUUACAAGAACCAGAAGGAUUUUAUUCGCUUCAAUCACUUCAACAAGUUACAUCUGAAAGUGGAUAUCCUAAUUCGACUUAUGCAGCUGUAUAA